AACAUCACAGCUGGAACCUACCCAGAGCAGAUAGAGAUGUUCCCUACUCCUGACAGGAUCCAAUAUGACUAUGGUCAGCUCUUGUCAAUCAGAUGUACAGGCAGGAUUGGGAACCAGUUUGAUGAGAACAACCUCCAGAACCUGUGGACAUGGGAGUGGCGAUCUGUAAACAGCGAGUUCACCACCUGGACACGGUACCCCAACGACCAAAACAUCACCUACGACCGUCCUACUUCAGUAGCGGAAUGUCAAUAUACAGGGCGUCAACACUGGUUCACACAGUCUCGUAUCUAGACAGUGGAAGACAGUUCAGGUGUUCUGUCCUAAGUGCAGACUAUAGUGCAAACAAGACUGUUUAUGUACUUGCCACUGGGGCAAGCCUGACCGCUUCACCAAGCCAAAUAACAAUCGGGGGCAGAAACCCAACAUCUCAGUUGACUGUCGGGUGCAGGCCAAAUGCACCUGGGAUAACUACAGUGUAUGGCAUGGAGAUUGGCAAGAAGUCUUCUACUGGCACUGAUCACACUAUAAUACGAAUGACCAACACAGAUUCGUCAGUUCAAGUAGUGGACACAGGUCUACAGCAGCGGAUGACAGCCUCGGGUUCUAUCAGUGGAGCAACAGGCAACAUACAGUUCAUCCUGACAGAUCUGAGAUGUGCUGAUGCUGCUUCUACAUACUACUACUGCAAAACUUCACACUUGGUUGGCACAGAUGGAAAUGAUGAGGCAACUAUAAACAUCACAGCUGGAAGAGAUUGUACAAUAGAAGAAUGUACAGGCAGGAUUGGGAACCAGUUUGAUGAGAACAACCUCCAGAACCUGUGGACAUGGGAGUGGCGAUCUGUAAACAGCGAGUUCACCACCUGGACACGGUACCCCAACGACCAAAACAUCACCUACGACCGUCCUACUUCAGUAGCGGAAUGUCAAUAUACAGGGCGUCAACACUGGUUCACACAGUCUCGUAUCUAG